ACCGAUCGGUGAGGCGACGAUCACCUUGGAAGAUGUGCAAGCCAUUUGGGGCUUGAGGGCGGAUGGUCGCGUUUUCACAGGGCGUGACUAUCAUGACAACUUUUCAGACUGGACCAGCAAGUGCCGCGAUCUGUUGGGAUGGAUACCAGAUACUUCCACAGAGACAAAGCAAGGCGGUUUGCUGAUGACCGCACUGAUCAACCAGACAAGGAUGCCUCUGGGUGAUGACCUACCUAUGUACGUAUACAUCCAAAGGGCACGUAUCCAUGCCCUAAUUUUAUUAGGAGGUCUCAUUCUACCGGACACCACGGGGUGUAAGGUGCCAUUUAUGUGGUUGAAUGGGCUUGGGGAUCCAGAAGAGGUGAAGAAUAUUAGUUGGGGAAGUGCGGCAUUGGCCUACCUUUAUCAUUAUCUGUGCGAGGCUUCCAUGGACAAGAGAAAAGAGUUGGGCGGGCCUAUGAUGCUUCUGCAGCUAUGGGCGUGGGAAAGAAUGCCCACAUUGAGGCCUGCGUUCAUUGGACCAGUUGUACACGAGCCAUAUACACCAUGUGGCGCCAGGUGGAAAGGAACAACGCAGAUAGGAAAUGCUCCUAGACAUUCGGUUGAGCAUUAUCGUGACCAAAUAUCUCUGAUUAGACCUGGCCAGGUGAGUAUUAUUUCGGUUUAGACUUCAUUUAUGAACUUAUUACGGAAUUAUUCAGUGG